GCCUUCAAUUUUUUUUUAAAUCUAGGUUGUCUCAAUGCAAAUAUUCACAACUGGAAGAAGCUUUUGGAGUGAGAGAGAAAUAAACAAUGCCGAGAGGAAGAAAAUGGAGUUGGUUUUCCAUCAAUGUGAUGUGGGUAAGAAAGGUUAUUUGUCCAGAGAAGAUCUUAAGAUAGCAGUGGUCAUGCUUUUUGGAUACAAGCCAUCAAAGUCAGAGACCAAUAUCUUGAUGGAGAAUGGCGCUGACUGUCCAGGCGUCCCACUGGAGCUGUUUGUGUCUCUCAUGGAGAAGAAGAUGUCAGCAGAAGAUCCAUAUGAGAAGACGAGGCAGAUCUUCAGUGCAUUUGAUGUACACUGUCGUGGCUUCUUGAAGCUGGAUGACUUCAAAAGCGCCUUCAAGCGAGUUGCCCCUCGUCUGCCGAAGAGGACUGUGCUGGAGGCUUUCCGAGAGGGCUCCAUUUGGAGAGUGGCUUCACACUCGCCCCACGCUUCUGGCCCACUUUUAAAGAAACUAGUUCCUUUGCCUUUGCCUCAGGCAUGA